AAAAAUUCCGUUAUUUUCUUUAGGAAUGUAGUGGAAUAAAAAUUGUAAAAAAUAUAAAUAGUAAAGUACAGAUACUUAAGUAAAACUACUUUAAAGUACUGCUUAAGUACUUUACACCACUGGAUUUCUGUUGGUUUGGUUGACAUUUCCUUUAGGGCCUUGACUCAUUUGACAAUUGCAAUCUCUUUCAGGAAGAAUUUGGUGAGUGUUUCUUUUACAAAUUGAUGUGCUUUUGUAAGUGUUGGCAGUCACACAGUGUCUCUUUUCAAAUGUAAAUUAGAAGUACAUAAAGCUGCCAUGCAUUACACAAGUCAAAUGUUUAGUGGUUCUUAGAUUACCCUGCUUGUAAAUUGGGUUUUUGUGCAAGAGAAUGGCAAAUGCAGGACUUAUUGCCAUAUUUUUUUAUGACGGCUACUUCUAUUCAUAUUUUGAAAAGUAGAAAAAUGUAAAAACUGAAUCAGUUAAAAUAAACGAGUAAUUAUAUAAAUUAAUAGGAAAUGUAGAAUAACCAUUGUAUUUGUAAUACACAUGUUGUUUUGUAAACUACUGGCUUGGGGUCAUUUACGUAUAUUUAUACAGGGUACAGACUGAAAAUAACAGCUCAGUCGUCACUUAACUCAACAGGAGGCUUCUCAUCCUGUGUACUGUAGGUUGUUAUUCUGUCUGUUAUCGUUAAAAAAUGUCAAAUGGAAUAAUGUGCAAUGUAUUCCUUCCACCGGAGGCCAGAGUGGCGCUACGGAAUCCCAUUGGGUCUCACUGAGUGAACAGCGUCACAUGCGAUGUUAUUCUACCCAGAUUUUGUUGAUCAUUAACCUCAUUCCUGACUGUCAUAUAAUUUCGUAACUAGAGCAUUAUUAUAGAGAUUAUUAUUUACAGCGGCGUAUGGGGCGAAAUAGCUGUUAAAUCUGCCAUUGGUUUCCGGAAAAAUCAGCAGUUUAUCCAUUUUGCAUAGUAUGUUUACAGUGGGCAAGAUGUCCCUUAUCGCAAUGGCUCUUCCGGUGAUCACCGUCCUUCUCUCUGCCUGGCAGGUGGGUGCCAUUGAUGACUGCUUGUGGUACGUGGAUAAGAAUGGCACUUGGCACAACGGGGUCCCCUGUCCCCUCAUGACCUUCUGUUGUGGGAACUGCCACAAGCGCUACUGUUGCUUGGACGGCCUCAAGAGGAUCACUGAGAGGGAGCAGAAGCGCUGCAUGCUCUUCCAGUUCAGCCCUACCACCAUCGCCAGCAUGGCUUCGUCCAUCCUGCUCUUCGUGGCUAUCAUUGCUACCAUGGUGAGCUGCUUCAUGUGCUCCUGCUGUUACCUCUACCAGCAGCGACAGCAGCGUGGCAGGACGCACUAUGAUGCCCAGCACAUCCCUAUGGCCACCUACCCCGUGGAGCCCAUGUAUGACGCUUACGGCAAGCUGCUGGUGAUGAGACAUCCUGAUUAUCCACACUCUGGUUACCCAAUGGCACCUCAGUAUCCUGGCAUGCCACAGCCGUACCCCAUGAUGCACCCCGACCCGUAUCCCCCGUACCCCAUGGUAGACUCUGGCUACCCUCAGGGAGCACCCCCUCCUUACUCCCCACCCCAGUACACCCCCCACCCCAGUCACUGAUGGGAUGAUAACAUGUCCAUGGUGGGAGAUGAGAAAGACAAAGAAAGGACUGCGUCAGAAAGAGAAGGCGACCACGAGACAACUCAGCUCUCCUAGUGGUUGUCCAGUGAAAGAUAACCAGAGGCACUUUCCUUUAUUUACUACAUCCUUCAAUGGAACAGAGCAUGUGUUGAGUUGGGUUUUCCUGUCAGUCCUGACACUGAACUUGAUUCCUACUGACAGUCUGGAAAAUGUCACACCAAGUGAGGUAACCAUCCUGCAUCCAUGCACUCACUCUCACAUCCAUCCAUCACAAUUAGGGUAACCCAUUCUAUAAAGUCACACACUACCAUUUGUUUGACAUUAAUUCUCUGUUUUAAGACGUUUGACUUGAGCAAUGGUCAACAUCUAUUUUCACAUGUUGGCUUGGCUUUAAUCUGGUAGUGGACAGACAGAGGUCAUACCUGCCUGCAGAUAACACUGUGUGUGGGAGCUGAUGGUAGAUCCAUAUGUUGUAUAAAAGUCCGAAUGAUCAGAGUUGAUUGCUUCUUCGCUAUAUCGGAUCCCUUUAGCCAGCUCUUACUGCAGGUUCAUAUUCUGUGGGGAUUUCUUUGCCCUCUCACGCUUAGCUUGUCUUUCCAAAUAGAAUAUCAUUAACUCUAUUCAUAUUAGAGAGUCAGUUAUACAGGUUCUGCCACGUCCCAAUGUGUCAUCGUAAUCAGUUGUCAGAAAGUUUAUAUAUUAGUGGCAUCUGUGUAAAUGUUUUUCCUGUAAUAUAUCAGGUCGAUGUAUAUUUAAUAACUUAAAUAACAAAUCUGAGCCUUAUGUCAUCGUGAAGAUAAGCAAUUUGAAUACGUAUUUUUGUCAAAUAUAUUUUAUGUUCGAAGGUUUACAUAUUAACAAAUAAUUAUCGUUUUAACAUACUAUCGCAACUUUUAAAAACCUUGUACCAUUAAAUGGUUUGAGCAUUUGUUUUACAGGUUAUAUUUCUAGUUAUUACAUUUCCCUCUGAGCCAUCGUUGUGCCCCUUGUCCUACUGUGCAGCUCUAACAUCACACAUGACGUGUAGGGAAUAUUGUUGUACAGUUUACUAUUACCAGCCAGUGAAUGACUCAUCCAGGUCAAAUGUGUUGGAUAAGGUGACAUUCUAUUUUACCAUCACUGAGAUUCUUGAUACAUUUUUCCAUUGAAAACACGAGUUGUUUGAAAGCACACUGAGAAUCUUGGCAUGAAAAAGGUGGAACAAUUAU